AGCGGUUGCCGGGGCGACGGGCUGUGGCGGCGGCGCGGGCUUCGCGUUCGCUGGGGGUCGGGGGAACUGCGAGGGGGCCCCGCGAUGAGGCGCAGCCCUGACGGCGGGCGAUGGGGAGCGUUUCGGCCGAUGAAGCGGAGUUGCUUGGGCUGGUGAAAGAGUAUCUGGAUUUUGCUGAAUUUGAAGAAACAGUGAGAGUAUUUACAAAGGAAUGUAAAACAAAAGGGAAGCCCCUACCUAAACCAGCAGGUGUCUCGCCAAGAGAUUCACCAACCUUGCCUGUUCAGAAAGAUCUGCUUACAGCUUUUGAAAAUGGUGAGCAGAAAGUUUUCUUUCAGCUCUGGGAGGAGCAUAUUUCAUCUUCUAUUCAGGACGGUGAUCCAGUUGCUGAGAAGCUGGAGUUUUAUCUUCACGUACACUUUGCCACCUACCUUUUAAAACACUCCAUGGGAAAGCCUGACAAAGCUGAACUGGAGGAAAGGAUUUCUCAUUUUAAGGCAUACCUCGAAACAAAAGGAGCUGCACUGAGCCAGACUACAGAGUUUCUUCCCUUUUAUGCUUUACCUUUUGUUCCAAACCCCAUGGUCCAUCCUUCGUUUAAAGAACUUUUCCAGGAUUCUUGGACAUUGGAUUUAAGGACAAGAUUGGAAAAGUUCCUGUCUCUGACUCUCAAAGCGAGACAGACUCCCCGGCUUCUCACUCUAUUUAAGGAGAAUGGACAGUGCAACAAAGAAAUGUUACAACGUCUUCAUCAACAGUUAGUAGAAUCUGAACACAGGACCAUGACCUACUUGAAACGGUUUAACAAGAUGCGGGCAGACUACCAUAACCUCAUUGGAGUCACCGCAGAGCUGGUGGAUUCCUUGGAGGCCACAGUCAAUGGCAAGUUGAUCACACCAGAGUAUCUUCAAAGUGUUUGUGUUCGCUUGUUUAGCAAUCAGAUGAGACAAAGUGUAGCACAGAGUAUUGACUUCACCAGGCCAGGAACGGGAUAUUACUCUAUGAGCCCUUGUGAUGACGGAUAUGCUUCCACAAUGUUAAGAGCAUCUUUAGCCCCUGUGAAGGUGCAGGAUGUGCCAUUGUUGCCCUCUUUGGAUUAUGAGAAGCUGAAGAAGGAUUUGGUUACAGGGAAUGAUCGUCUCAAGGCCUUCUUAUUGCAAGCUCUGCGCUGGCGGUUGACUACGUCAUAUCCUGGAGAGCAGAGAGACACUGUCCUGCAAGCCUAUAUCAGUAAUGACCUCCUAGACUGCCACAGCAACUGUCAGAGAAGUAUCCUCAAAUUAUUGCAUUCUAAGAGUGAGGUAGUCAGACAGUAUAUGGCCAGGCUCAUCAAUGCUUGUGCUUCACUGGCAGAAGGUCGUGUCUACCUUUCUCAGAACCCAGUGUUGCUGCAAAUGCUGGAGGAGAGACUGAAAGCUGAAGACAAGGAUUCCCUUACAUGGGAGAAUGUUCUGGGGGCUCUGCAGAAAUUCAGCCUCAGACGUGCACUGCAGUCGGCAAUGAUCAAAGAUGGGCUCAUUUUCUGGCUGCUUGAUGCUCUAACAGAUACAGAUUGCCUGUCUGAUUACGCUCUGCAGUAUUCUGUUUCCUUGCUCAUGAAUCUUUGUCUGCGGAGCGCAGGGAAGAAAAUGUGUGCAAGUAUUGCAAACGAUGUGCUCAAAGUUCUCACUGAUCUUCUUGGCCAUGAAAAUCAUGAGAUACAACCAUAUGUGAAUGGAGCGCUGUACAGCAUUCUUACUGUCCCUUCUGUCCGAGAAGAAGCCAGAGCAAUGGGAAUGAAAGAAAUUCUGCACUGCUUUAUCAAGGAAGGAAAUAGAGAGAUGAUCCGACAGAUUGAAUUUGUUAUCAAGCAGCUCGAUUCAGAAGAGCCAUUAAAUGAUAGUAUUGUGUCUGAUGAUGAAGAGGAAGAGGAAGAUGAGGAAGACCAUGACAUCAUGGAGCCUGAUCUGGACAAAGAUGAAGUUUUGCAACCUCAAAUGGGAGAGCUUGCAGGAGAGAAGCUGCUAACAACCGAGUACUUAGGAAUAAUGACUCAUACUCCAAAAACCAAGAAGAAGCUGUUUCCUGGUGUCCAUCAGAGUGUAGAUGAGCCUCUCCAGAGACCUGUGACGCCAGGUUAUCACAGAACUGCAUGCAUAAUGGCAGAAAAUGACACCAACUCUUGUCAUGACAGCGAUGAGAAGGUGCAGUCUCUGCCGAGUGGUCAUCCUCCCAUUUGUGGUAGGAGCAGGUCCAGCAUUUCUGAUCUCUGCGAUUCCCUUUCAUCAGUUGAAAUGAAGCCCUCUGAAGUAUUCUCAGCAGGCCACAGAAUGGACCAAACCAUCCCAGCUGGUGACAACGACUUGUCUUCCCGAUCUACUGACUUCACCCAGGACAAAGUAUAUGGGCAGUCUCACAGUGAAUUUAUCUCGGCCUUCACCAGCAAACCCAAGAUCCCUCGCACUCCUGAAAUGCAGAGUGGCAGCCCUAGAAAGGGAAAUAUCCCAUCCAUUGCCCCCCAGUUCUCUCAGUCUGGACCCCAACAAACAAGCCAUUCCAGUUCUUCAGGAUCAUCCACAAGAAGCAGACAGAGCAGCCAGUCCUACAGGAAGUGAGAACAGCUCCUUUCCUCGAAAAUCACCUGUCACAUUGUCGAAGGACAGAGCUAGCUUCCUGUAAUGAGCUCUACUGGCAACCUACUGAGAAGAGAGUGAGGUUACUGACACUGCAUGGCAUACGCCUCACACAGUGUUUCAGGGAUUAUCUGAUGGGAUGCAUCUGUUGUCGUCUCUAAAGCUGGCCAAGACAAGGGCCUUGUUGUUACAAUUCAAGGGCUCAGCAGCAGCCCAGGACUGAUAUGGGAGAUGGAUAUAUUCCCAGCUUCUCUGAUAGUUUACUCUAAAGUGGCAUUGCCACCCUGAGAAGAAACUCUUGCUCCCUGUCUUCUCUGUCAGAGUAAAUGGCCUUUGGAGGCCUUAUAGGCCUUAUAGGGCUCAGCAUAGGAGCCUGACCAAGCAGCUGUCUUGUUUGCAUAUUGCUUGCUGAACUCACCUGCCAUUUGCUUUUUUUUUUUUUUAAUUAUGCCAUUUUGAAUGAGUUGGGGGAUAUCUGUGUUCAAAGAUCUGCACCAGGAGGGAAAAUACACACCAUAUGUGCAGAGCCUCACUGCCUGGAGCAGUCGUGUGAGAGUGUGAUCUGUGUUUGGCCACCAGAGACUGGAGGGAGAGUAUUUAUUUCAUUAGUUUCUGAUUGACCUGUGACAGUUGAAAAACAUUGUGGCCAUGCCCAAGGCAGCAUCCACGCUCAUCUCUGAGGAUCUGGUCAGCAGCUUUGUCUGCAGCAAUUACUUCUAUUCCUUCAUCCUACUUUUUUUUUCUUAAUGAUACUGUUUAGCAUUUGUGGAAUGAAUAAUCCAUUUUUUCCACUGGAAUGAAGAACUUUGUUUCUUCUUCCAUAGAAGAAACUGUGAACAAAUCAGAAGCAACUUUCUUUACUUAUGGCUGUGGGCAGUCUUCUUUGGUCUUUGUUGCUUUUUUACGUUCUUCACUUCUGAGCAAAGACUGGUUAUGUCUUCAUGGAAUUUGUGCUGGUCUUCAAUGAAUAUGAAGUGCUGGCUAGGCAAAAAUGAUCAGGAAGCCACUAAAUAAAAAGAGUAGUUAAUUGUUCCAUUGAAUUACAGAGCUAGUGCUGUUUAUUCUUUCUCUUGAAAAUAAAAGCCACCAGGAAACACGAAGGUCUUCACUGGGAGUUGGCUUUUCAGUGACAUCCCCUCAUGUGACACAGCUGUUUGGACAACAACUUUUCCAGAAAUGCCAUUUACUUUGGAACUAGGAUGCUGCUCAGACAGAAAUGCACACGCACAAAAAGCAAGGAGUGUAUGUGCCAUAGGCAGCUUCAAAAGCAAGUUCUUUAACAGGUACAAAAAGGGUAAGGCUUUUGGUUUUGAGUUUCACCUUAAGAAACAAACAAGGGGAACACAGCCUGAAAAGUAAAACAACUCUAAUAGUGACACUACCUCUUUUUAGAGUAUAAAGAGUUGUAAAGCCACCAGUCGUUUCCACAGGACCAGAACAAAGCUUUAUGCUUGUGCUAACACCUUGAAUUGUGCCUCUUGGUAUGUGGUGGCAACUAGGAGCCAAAGCCAUUUCCUUGUGUAUUCUAGUUGCUGUGAGACCUACCAAGACCAGUGACACUGUGUCAAGUCUUUGCAGAAAGGGGUCCUACAUACAAUUUCAUGUAACCUCUUUGGAUAAUAGAUUUCAAAUUUGAAUCAGGAUCGUUUGUAGGAAAAGACAUCCCUCAGUUUAAAAUUUAGUCAUUUACACAUGGGGAGUUAAUGUUUACUACUCAGUAACUUCAAGGUGUCCACAAUUCUAACACAAAGCAGGCAGAGUAUUGGUAUUGCUUUAACUCCGAAACUGCAUAAGAGAUAAAGUGAUUAUCAACAUUUUAUAGCCCCUGUUGCAUAGAGCUUCAUGCUAGAUGAAGAAAUCAUGGAAAAGCCUUGACUUGUGCUUAGAUUCAUUCACCACCUCUCAGAGCUGAUUAACACAACCAGUGGAAAAACGUCACCCGAUUCACAAAAGGGCAGUAGUGUAAAAUAGACAUAAAAACUAACCUAGUGGUUUUACAGGGUAGGCAACUUUUCUUUUUCCUUUGAGAUGUUUGCUGUCUUUUUUCCAGUAUGUAAUAUCAGUGGCCAAGUUGUUAACACUGAAGUGCUAAGCACGUGCAUUUGCAUAUAACACAGAAUGCACCAGCAGCUGAGUUUUAUUUAUUUUACAGCAGCGCUGCAUUUCAUGUUGGAGCAGACUUGAUUCUUUGAGGUGCAGAGCAGCUCUUGAAAAGUACAGACUUUUUUGGGGAGGGGGUGGGAACUUUACUGGCUUUACUGUUAGUUGAGGCUGAAAUUGUACCAGUCCUUAAAAUUUUGUCAGCUGAAGGAGGUGGCUAAGUGCCGCCAGCAGCCCAAGAUUAAUGAAAAAGAAAAAGCAUCUUGCAGAGCUGGACUGAAAGCAACAAGCUGUAGGAUAUGUGUUUGUGUGUUUGUUUCCUAGACCUAUUGCAAUGUAGAACUCUGUAUGCACAUUUUUCCACGUUCAGCUCUUUAAUAUUUUGGAGUGAGAGGAUAGAGCUGGAAAACUGAGAGUCUAUUUUUUAUAUUAAUGCUUGAGAAACUUAGUUUUCCAAAUACUGGAGAGAAACUAUGGAUAUGAUAUCAGCUGAGUAGUAACUUGAGAGGCUGACGAAGUAAUGUGUCCGGUUAUCUCUGUGUUGUUCACAAAAGCUCCUGUGAUGCCAGGCAGGUUUUGAAGCUGAUGAAAAAUCUUGAUUCUGCCUUUUUAUAGUAGGACACCACUGUUCGGGGUUGAAAGGUCUCUGGACAGAGGUAACAUUCACAUGGCAAAUUCUGCACCUCGUUCUUAAAAGUUGCUUGGUGCUUUCUGUGUACCCCACACAGAGGCUGCUGCUAGAUACACCACCACCCUGGUAAAUUUGCAAUGGAAGCAGUGGAAAUCACUGGCCAGAAUGAAGAGGGUGGAGUUGUGCUUAAAGGCUGCAAUUUUGUUUACAAAAAGCAAAUACAGUUAAUGCAUGCAACACACAGAUCUGCAAGGCAAGUUUUUUCUGGGACCAAAGCACUAUGUGGUGCUAAGCAUGCCUUUGGAAUAUAAAUUCUCCAUAUUCACAGUCUUCUAAGUGUUAAUUCAUUGUUUUUGUUAAUGGAGAGACGUAAACUGUGUAAGUCUGUUUAAAUUGGCAUGGAGGGCUCAU